AUGGAUCACCUGUCCAAAGUAUCACCAGCCAUCUCGCGGCGGCAGCGCAUGCGCACAAUCCUCCUCGCCCUCACCUAUGCAUGCGCAACCUUUGGCGUCAUCGUCCAGAUCCUCACCCUGAUCGCCGGCAGAUGGGUUAUACGCUCCGGCUCCGGUUCCGAGAGUCUCGCACUCUCCAGCCUGUCCGUCGUACGUAACAAGCCGACGCGCGCGGCGCUGCAGUCGUCCAACCCGGCCGUGACUUACUUACAGUCUUGUCUUGUACAGUUUGACGGCAUCAUCCCGUCCCCCGGGUCCGACUCGUACCUCGUGACGAUGCACCACUUCGCCGCCUCCUUCGGCUACGAGUAUCCCGACGCCUCCAAGGCCGGGAUCCUCGGCCACUCGCCCCGUUUCCCCCGCGACCUCGUCGCCGUCGCCCGGGCCCUCGAGCUUCCCCCGGCGGACUGGGCGUGCCUGCGCGGCCCCGAAACCUGCGCCGCGCCCUUCUUCCAGUCCUUCUCCGGUCGCGGCGGUGGCGGCGGCUUCGGCAUGCCCGCGACGAUCCGCCAUCUCUCGCUCGCCUACGCCCUCGUCCUGGUGCUCUACAUCGCCACCAUCGAGGUCCUCAUCGCGGCGCGCCCCAGCUGGCUGCGCUGCCGCUGCUACUUCUCAUGCUUCACGCGCGUGUGCCCAUGCCCGCGCGGCGCGCGCGCCGAGAUCGAGGCGCUGCCGGGCGUCUUCUGGGACCGGUACCGCCUGUGGACGUGGGGCCUGCUGCCGUGCGCGGCGUUCCUGCCGACCUUCGUGACGACGCUGCACGGGCUGCCGCUCGUGCGGUUCAUGGAGCGGCGGGAGGUGGGGGAUAUGAACGUGCGGUUCGGGACGGGGUUCGUCGUGGUGCAGGCGGCGUGUUUCGGGGCGUCGUUGGCGGCGGUGGUCUGCGUCUACCUGAGGAGACGUCUCGGGCGGGGGAUGGUUUGGAUGGAAGAAGGCCAGGGGAUGGCGACGAAGGAGUGA